AAAAAAAAAAGAUUGAUCCUGUCCUCUCUCUUUUAUUUUUUGAUUCUCUUUCCUCUUCAAUCCUCAUCACACUUCCAUCCUCAACCAUGUUCGCCACCCGUGCUCAACCCGUUGCCUCGGCGCUCAGCGCCGGUGUCCAGACUCGUAACAUGGCCACCCUUAGAGAGAUUCAGCUCCGUUUGAACUCCAUCAAGAACAUUGGCAAGAUCACAAAGUCCAUGAAGAUGAUUGCCUCGACCAAGGUCAGCAAGGCUCAGCGUGCUAUGGAGACUGCCCGUACCUUUGGCGCUUCUUCUGCUGCCAUCUACAAGAACUCCAAUGCUACUCCCUUGGAGAGUGAGGACAACCUCUUUGUUGUUUCAUCCUCUGACCGUGGUCUCUGCGGUGGUAUCCACUCGUCUGUUGCCAAGGCCACUCGCAAGAUCAUUGCCCAGUCCGAGGUCAAGAACGCCGGUAUUGUUGUCUUGGGUGAUAAGGCCAAGAAUCAGAUGUCUCGUUCCAACCGUGGUGACAUCAAGUUGUCCUUCAACCAGAUCGGCAAGAGCAUCCCCACCUUUGCAGAGGCCAGCGCUGCUGUUGACACGAUCAAGGCCUCUGGUGUCAAGUUUGACAAUGCCACCAUUGUCUACAACAAGUUCACCUCUGCUAUCGCCUAUGAGGCUGUUCCCAUCACCAGCUACUCUCUCGAUGCCUUGAAGGGUUCUGAGGGCUUCGCUGCCUAUGAGGCUGAUGAGGGCGUCUUGGAGGACUACAACGACUUUUUGUUUGCCAACAACAUCUACUGGGCUUUGGUCGAGGGUCAUGCCUCAGAAAUGUCAGCUAAGCGUAAUGCUAUGGAGAACGCCACGAAGAACGCGGGUGAGAUGGUUGAUCGUUUGACCAUGACUUAUAACCGUACUCGUCAGGCCGCCAUUACCUCCGAGUUGGUUGAUAUUAUUACUGGUGCUUCUGCUCUUUAAAAAAAAAAAAAGAAAAAAAAUAUAAAUAUAUACAUGUUAUACAUGUAUGUAUAUUUUUAUUUUUUUUAUUUUUU